AUGAAUUUCAUCGUUAUUGCCAUCACAGCGGCUUCCAGAAUUCCCCUUUCAUACUGGAAAUUCAAGGGUGUUCUUCCAUACAAGCUUAAAGAACUUGAUGAACAAUAUGGUGAUGCGGUUAGAGUUGCUCCCAACUUUUUAGACUACAAUUCAUCUGUCGCUUGGGAAGACAUUUAUGGUUUUGUGAAAGCUCAUCACAAAAAGAAUUUCCCAAGGGAUUUGAUGGAACGAGGUGUUAAGGUAAAUCCUAUCAAAAAUAUAAUAACAGCAGACGAAGAAAAUCAUCGAAAAUUUCGUCGCAUUCAAUCACACAUGUUCUCCGAAAAAGCUCUCACAUCUCAGGAACCUCUUAUCCAAGAUUACGCUCGACAAUUUAUCUCUGAACUUGUCAAGUUUUCUUCUCUCAAUUCAGACAAUAGCAUUGACAUCGGUAAAUGGUAUAACUUUGCUACUUUCGAUUUGAUCGGUGACCUUGCAUUCGGAGAAUCUUUUGAUUGCGUCAAGACUGGAGAAACAAAUUCUUGGAUUGACUUAAUCUUUCAAACCAUUGAAAUCAACAGUUUGGUCAAUGAGGCCAAAAAAAAAUACCCAAUUCUAGGAGCUCUUGCGCUGUUUUUUGUUCCAAAAGAUUUAUUAGGUAAAUAUGCACAUCAUGACAAACUUGCAAGGGAAAAAGCAUAUCGACGACUGGAUGCACCGAGAGAUAUACCCGAUUUUAUGAGCUAUAUCAUUAAGCAUAAUGAUACGGAUAAAGGAAUGACCCGUGAGGAAAUCGGAGAAAAUGCAAGCAUAUUGAUCAUUGCUGGUAGUGAAACCCAAGAAGAUCUCACACUCCACGCGCUCGCUUCCUCUAAAUAUAUCAACGCUGUCCUCGAAGAAGGCUUCCGCAUUUAUUCCCCCGUCCCAACUACUCUCCCCCGUAUAGUUCCCAAAGGCGGAAGUGUAGUCGCUGGUCAAUUCGUCCCUGCCGGAACAACCGUCGGUGUCAAUCCCAUCAGCUCCCACCUGUCUGCAGAGUAUUUCCAUCUCCCGUAUGAAUUCCAUCAUGAGAGAUGGCUCAGUACUGCCGAUGUCGAGCAUUUGAAAUCAACGUUCCCGGAUGUGAAACUCCUUGAUCCGAAAAUCUUUGAGAAUGAUGAUCGGAAGGCUUGUCAACCGUUUAGUGUGGGCCCCGCAAAUUGUAUUGGGAAGAAUUUGGCGUAUGCUGAAAUGAGAGUUUUGCUGGGGAAUGUGGGGGCGAGGGAUAGUGGGAGUUGGUUGGAGAGGAACAGGAUUUAUGCGUUGUGGAAGAAACCAGAGUUGUGGGUUAAGUUGAAGAGAGUCAAUGUUUAG